AUGCACACACUAAGUCUCAUUCUCUUGUGCCUUUGCACACUUGCGGCCCUGGUCAACGGCUCUCCUGGGGGAAGAUGGCCUGUCGGCCUAGGCAUGAGCAAAUACGUUUGCUCUUUUCUCGGAGGCGCCGUUAUAAAUGUAAACCAGACCGAGACUACAGAGAAAGAAGAUAAGCUGCCCGCCAUACGCACUGUCUCCGCCGAGUGGAAUAUACCAUGGAGCAAGGCACCCGAAAAUGCAGACCUCAGCAAUCCCAACAACCGACAUUCUCUAGCACAAUGGGUCGGAAUUCUUGGGAACGGCUGUGAUAAUAAAGACUGGUACCCGUUUCUCCAAGCUGGGACGAAUAUCGAGAUGGACGAGAAUGGCACAACCGUUGCGGGUGCUUGGGUCGAGUGGUUUCCAGCCGGAGCCCACUUGAUCCCUAAGGAAGACUUCGCAGUCAGCCCUGGUGACCAGAUAAUCGUGGCAGUUAACGUAUACACUCGCAUAUCGGGCCAUGUAUACAUGAAGAACAUCCGUACCGGCCACGAAUAUGCAGCGGAAGUGGAAGCCGACUCGCCCGAGGACCCAAAGUUUCAAAUUUGCCUUGGCUCCGGUGUUGCUCAGUUCUUCCAGGAAUGGGACAUCGCGGAAGACAGAGCAGAUCUACCGGUCUUCAACAAUGUUACAUUUUCCGACAUGACAGCUAUCGAUCGCCGUGGUGAAUUUUAUGAUCUCACUUCGGGAACGGAGGACUAUUGGACCAUGAUCGAUGCGGGGAGGCAAGUUGCCAUACCGGAGGGAAUCAACAGCAAGAGUUUUGUAGUUUACUCCCCUCAGGGGAGAACGUGGAGUCCACGCGGCGGUCGGUAG